AUGGACAUGCUUGGUUUGUUAACAAAAUUAGCCAACCAUCGCUUUUGAUGUGUGAAUGUUUCAAACUUGCCAAAAGUUGAUCCUUUCGAGAGGUUGCUAUAUCAUGCUCGAUGUUUGUGCCGGACGAAGACGACGAGCACCACAACGGCGACCGAGGACCGGAGCCGUUAUAAGUGUCUUGCUGUCCUUCCUCCCAUAACCAUAACCAUAACCGUCUCAGAUAGCUUUAGGAUUUUGGUGUCAAGAUUGUAGGAGCGGCCGUCCGACCUCUGCCACCACACGUGCUGUUGGAGCUCGUGGUGCACCCUCACCUCAUGGAAGGAGCCAUCCUCCCCAGCCUGCCAAACACGAGGGUCGCCGUCGUCACCGGAGGGAACAAGGGGAUCGGCUUCGAGGUGUGCCGGCAGCUUGCCAGCGGCGGAAUUGCCGUCGUCCUGACGGCCCGGGAUGAGAUGAGGGGCGGGGAGGCCGUCGAGAGGCUCAAUGCGCUGGGGCUCUCUCAUGUCGUCUUCCAUCAGCUGGAGAUCACGGACGCUUCGAGCGCCGCUGCGCUAGCUGGUUUUCUCAAGGCCCGCUUCGGCAAGCUUGAUAUUCUGGUGAAUAAUGCCGCAGUUGGUGGGGUUGAGUACGGCCAAGAGUUCGAUACCAACGAGGAAAAGUUCGGUGGCAUGGAUUUCCACCAGAGAGUUGAGUGGAUGCUGAAGAAUGCCCGGGAGCCCAUCGACAGCGCGAAGAACAGCGUGAAGACGAACUACUACGGCACGAAGCAUGUAAUCGAAGCCCUGCUGCCUCUGCUUCAAGCUUCGUCCGAGGGAAGAAUAGUGAACGUCUCCUCCAAUUAUGGACUCCUAAGACAUAUCGGCAACGAGGAGGUGAGGCAGGAGCUCAACGACGUCGACAACCUGACAGAGGAGAGGUUGGCCGAGCUGCUGGACAAAUUCAUGAAAGACUUCGAGGCCGGCGCGCUGGAGCCGCACGGGUGGCCCACGAAGUUCUCCGCGUACAAGGUGGCCAAGACCGCCAUGAACGCCUACUCGAGGAUCCUGGCGAGGAGGCACCCUGAGCUGCGCGUCAACUGCGCGCACCCAGGCUUCGUCAAGACCGACAUGAGCAUGGGGUCCGGGGUCCUGACGCCGGAGGAGGGCGCACGCAACUUGGUGAAGGUGGCGCUGCUGCCUGACGGCGGGCCGACCGGCGCGUAUUUCGCCAUGGGCGAGGAGGCGCUGUUCGUGUGAGAUACUGGGAACCGGAUCCUCUAACAUUGUGAAGGAAAGUCAGUGUGCUACAGUGUUUGCCUAGUGUAAAAUGAAGAAGGAAAGUUAAGGACUGUAAGUAGAUAAUUAAUAGGUUGUUUACUGUUUACUGUAAGUAUAAAUAAUUUAAAAUUAAUUUUAUUUCACCAUCAAUUUGUUUGUACGUAA